AUGAAUACCCCUCUUACAUGCACAUUAAGACGGCUUAUAAAUAAAAAUAAGUUAUACCAAGGAUUUCUUUUUGCGCGGUCUUUAAAUACAAUAACAAACAAACCAAUCCGAUCUCCUCUGGAUGAAUACCAGAGGUUAGUAAAAAUUAACCAACUAAAAGAUGAUCCUUUUCAAAGGUCUAUUCUAAAAGAUUUAGAAUCGUUACAUACUGAUUUACUCAAUUAUAUGUCCCCAACUCUACCAAAUCAUAAACCUAUUAAUCAUAAAUAUGGUUCCAUUUUUAAUAAGUUUGCAUCUAUUUUAAAGAACAAAAAUAAUCCUAAAAAUGGACAAAUUAAACUAAAUAUACCAAAGGGUAUCUACCUAUACGGUGAUGUAGGCUGUGGUAAAACAAUGCUAAUGGAUUUAUUUUAUAAUACAAUACCAAGCCAUUUAUCAAAAAGAAGAAUUCAUUUCCAUCAAUUUAUGCAAACAAUUCAUAAAAGAUCUCAUGAUCUUAAAACUGAAUUAGAACAGGAGGCAAAGAAGUCAAAGAAUGUUGAUACAGAUCCAAUCCCUACUUUAGCUUGGGAAAUUGCAAGAAAUUCAAGAAUAUUAUGUUUUGAUGAAUUCCAAGUUACUGAUGUUGCUGAUGCAAUGCUAUUAAGAAGAUUGUUAAUGAUGCUAAUUUCAAAUGAUCAUGGUGUGAUCUUGUUUGCCACCUCAAAUAGAAAACCUGAUGAUCUUUAUAUAAAUGGUGUUCAAAGAGAUAGCUUUAUUCCUUGCAUUGAGUUAAUUAAGAAUCAAACAAAUGUGAUAUGCUUGGAUUCGAAGACUGACUAUAGGAAGAUUCCUAAACCUAUAUCCUCAGUUUAUUAUUUCCCUAACCCUGAUGAGCUAUAUGAUUCAAAAUUAGUUCAAACAAAGAGAAUUAAUCAUGUCAAUGAAUGGUAUCAUUAUUUUGGUCAAAUUGAUAGCGAUGCUUCUCAAAGUACAACCUCCAACGAUGUUCAUACCACUCAUUAUAAUUUUAAAUUAACCACAUGGGGUAGAGAGUUAAAUGUACCAAAAUGUGUUCCUCAAAGAGUGGCCCAAUUUACUUUCAAAGAACUAUGUGGAAGUCCUCUUGCAGCCGGUGAUUAUUUAACUUUAGCAUCUAACUUCAAAUCAUUUGUUGUUACAGAUAUUCCAUACUUAUCUAUCUAUGUUCGUGACGAAAUCCGUAGAUUUAUUACAUUUUUAGAUGCAGUAUAUGAUAACGGUGGUAAACUAGCAGUCACAUCCGCUUCUGAUUUCUCACAUUUAUUCGUGGAGGCUGAGGACAUUUUGAACGAUUUUCAAUUGAAACCAAAAGAUCAGAUUGAAAAAAACAUUGCAAAAUUAAAUACUCUAAAAAAAGAGGAGAUUAAAAAAGAUAAAGUUUCAGAAGUUGAUUUAAUUGAAGAACACGGGUUUUCAAAAGAUGUAGCCCAUACUGCGGCUAGAUUUUUUGUAGAUGAGGAACGAUUUGCAUUUGCUAGAGCUUUGAGUAGAUUAUCUCAAAUGAGUUCUACUGAAUGGGUCGAAAAAUAG